AUGGAUGAUGAAGGUGGUGGUGAUGAUGAUGAUGAGGGUGGUGGUGAUGAUGAUGAUGAUGAUGAUGAUGAUGAUGAUGAUGAUGAUGAUGUCAAAAUCAAUACUUAUCUAUCUAUCUAUCUAUCUAUCUAUCUAUCUAUCUAUCUAUCUAUUCGUUAUUCUUUUUUAAUUUUUUCCUUUUCCUAUUUUCUCUUUCAUGCUUUAAAAUUCUUUCUCUCUCUUUUUUUUUUAAAUCUUUCUUCCUCCUUUUUUUCCUUUAUCUCUUUCACCCCCUUUUUUUUUUCCUUUCUUCUUUCUUUCUUUGAACUAAUUAUCGCUUGUCAAUGUCUGUCUUCCGCCGUGUCUUCCGCUUUGAUUUCCCUACAGCGGAACUAUUUUUCUCCACAAGCCGGAGAUAAGCAAAACGCUUGUUUUUAUUCUUUCAUUCUGGUUUUGUAUUUUCUCUUCAUUUUUUAUUCAUCGUUUCCUCCACCCAAUCUUUUUCUCCCUUCCUUCCUUCUUUCCUUCCUUCCUUCCUUCCUUCCUUCCUUCCUUCCUUCCUUCCUUCCUUCCUUCCUUUUUCCUUCCUUCCUUCUUCAUUUUCAUUGGUCUUGUCCUCUAUCGCUUCCUUCCAUCUUUUUUCUCGUCUUUUCCCUUCCAAUAAUAGUCCCUUCUUCUUUAUUCCCUUUUUAUAUUUCUUUCUUUACCUUGUCUUUUUCUACCUUUCUAUUUCAUGUAUUUUAUUCUGUCUUUUUCUUCCACAUUUCUCUUCCUUCCUUCAUUUUUCGCUCGUCUUUUCAUCUUUCUUACUCGUUCGUAUUUUCCCUUCCUUCCGUUCUUUCUUCCUUUCUUAUUUCCUACCUUUCUCCUUCCUUCCUCACUUCCUUCCUUCCCUGUUCUCUUUAUUGUGCUUGCUUUCCUUGUUGCCUUUGUAAUUCUUUCACUUCCGUUUUGUUUUUUACUUUGCACAUUUUAAUAUUAUACCAAAUUUUUCCUUCCUUUUUUCUUUUUUGGCCAUUUUGUCUUACCCCCUCCCUUCUUCUUUUUUUCAUUCUCCGUUAUUUUUUGUCAAUUUUUAAUUCUUUAUUUCUUUCUAUUUCUUCUCUUUUUCUCUUCCCCAUUCUUUCUGCAGCUUUUUUUUUUUUUAAAUUUCUGUUUCAUUUAUUUAUUUUUCACCCUCUUUCCAUCACGUAUUUUUCCUUCCGUCUUCCUUCCGAAACGCUUUGCUUAUCUUUUCCUUUCGUCGCCCUCAACCUCCAUUUGGAUUCCCACCCCUCUUGCAACCUUUCUUUCAUUUAA